AUGACUGCAUUGUACAUCUCCCGUUUUCUCCUUUUUCUCUCUUUUGCUAUUGAAACAAGAGUGCUGUGCAAAUCCAUCGCGGAGAAUGGACCACUCGAGGUGCAGGUCAGGGUCCAGGUGUUUGAUGGCGGGGACCUUUCACCUCUGGUUGAAGCCACUGUGGUUGUCCAUGGCAACCAGACUGUUUUGGCAUCCAGGCAGACAGGAAGUGAUGGCAGCGGAGUGGUGAGCUUCCUGUACAGGCCAGGCUCUUGGGUUGUCAUCACAGCGUCCCAGAGAGAUUACAUCACUAGCUCCGUGCCCUGGCACGCGAGCAGACUGCCCUUGUAUGCCUCAGUUAGUCUUUACCUGUUGGCUCAGAGGCCAGGCACAUUGAUCCUGUAUGAUGAUAUCAUCCAAGUAUUCCAUGGCUCCCCAGGAGGGAGGAGUCAGCCAUGGCUACAGAUCCAGAGGCGAUCUUUACAGCUGAACUCCUCCUACUCUGAUUUGACGGCCAUGUUGACCACAGCCAGAGACCAGGGGGAGAUCAACGGAUUUCCCUAUCCACUGGGAGUGGAGCUCAACUCCACAGGUGGAGAGAGCAGCUGGACAGACCUGACCGUAGUGGCAGCGAUCAGUGCUCAGCUGUUUGACCGCGAGGGCCGUUUGGUGCAGGUCUCUGACCCCGUUCACGUCUCCGCCCCGCUUCCCUCCGACACACGCGUCCGAUCAGCCACCAGUGUCCCCGUGUGGCUGUACAACACCAAGACAGGUUUAUGGGUGCGUAGUGGAAAAGGCUACAUUAAGAGAGAGGGUACACAGCUAACAUGGAACUUUAUGGCAUCACAGCUGGGCUACUGGCUAGCAGCUUUCCCGUCCCCGGCAGGCCCAGGUCUGAUUCAUCCAGGCCUGAGGGACAUCACAGCGUACCACACCCUGUUCCUGCUGUCCAUCCUGGGCUCCCUGGCCCUGCUCGUGCUGGUCCUGCUAUGUGUCCUGCUCUACUACUGCAGGCGAAGGUGUCUGAAGCCACGGCGGCAGCAGAAGCAAAGCCAGGUUUCGUCAGGCCUGAGCAGCUCCAAACGGGACCAAGGUACCUCCACCUCCCGCCUCAACCUCAUCUGCGGCGGUCACAUCGAACCCGGGGCUUCCAACGGCAACCUGGACGCCGGCAAAGCCGACAGCUCGCCUUCCAGAGAUUUCAAGAACGCCCGGGAGGAGUUUUCAAAGCACGUUCCUGCCCACAAGCUCCGACAUUCUUCCAAGGGCAAGGCGUCCAAAGGGGCCCAACGUGGAGAGAGCUUUCCCAUGAAGGUGCACCGCUCUACAGACACAAGCACGCUGGAUCCACCUUUGCUUCAUGAGGACUACAGCCGGAACUACAGCCCCGUGGAGGACCACAAGGACCAGGACUACAGGCGUAGGCAUGUCGUCAAUGACAACCGUGGAUACACGUCCGACCCGCCUUCCCCUCCUCCGGAUAAGCCUCCGGAGUAUUCACAGGUGUCACAGGGCUCAGACCACCUGGCACGGCCCACGUCGCUCAACACUCAACCAGGUCAGAUCAUCUUCUGCAGCUCCCUGGAACAGAUGAAGGAGAACAUGUACCGCAGCAUGGUCCCAACCCUUGUCAUUCCAGCCCACUACAUGAGAUUCUCCUCCGACUUCAGUGCCGCUGAGUCGGGAAAAGAUUCUCAAGGACAGAUAGACAGGGAGAAGGAAGGCCAGGGAACCGCAAGCAACGCCAGUGGUGGGUCAAGUGCGAACCAUGGCCUUCAGAACCAGAACCAGGGAUCUGGACAAGCCCAGGCCCAGCAAGGGAUGCCAUCUCCAGCUGGCUCGGAUGAGAGCAUGUGGGCAUCUGGAGGUCCGUCAGCACCGGUCCAUAUUCCAGUUCUGUUUAACGACUCCACUAUGGCACAGAUGAAUGGGGAGCUGCAGGCACUUACAGAGAAGAAACUUCUGGAGCUCGGCGUGAAGCAGCACCCUCGCGCUUGGUUCAUAUCGUUGGAUGGGCGUGCCAACGCACACGUGCGCCACUCCUACAUUGAUGUGGGUAGUGACCUUGGCCAUGGAGGGGGGCAAAGUGGUAACCAUAGUGCCCAGAGCACGCUUAGUGCCCCUGCUGGUAGUAGCAAGGAUUGCAGCCCACCUGAGAUGAGCACCCAGGAACAGCUGGAACGCAAACCUGCUGGUCAACGUAAAAGCAAGGAGGAACGGCAUGGCCACAGCAGUGGACGCAAGGGGCAUGCGAGUGGCAGUACCAGCAGUGCGGGCAGUGCCAGUAGCAGUAAGCCUUACACCAAACUGGCCUACCAUGACCCUCUAGAGCUGAGUGGAGGGGUUGGGAGAAUGGGAGCUGGUUCACCCUUGGAAAACCCAUUGACACCACUCCUGGACGACGGCCCAGAUGAGUCACGGGGUUCCGCAGUAGCACACAGAGGUCGUAGCCGCGGUAACAGCUCACGCAGCAGCAACAGCGAGACACAACGUGACUCAGUUACCAGCCCUGAGGAGGACAAUGACCCCGAUGACAAGGAUGAGAACAAGAAAAGUCCCUGGCAGCGCAUCGAGGAGAGGCCGCUCAUGGUGUUCCAUGCCAAGAAGUAG